UGAUGACGUCACGCAGCUUCUCCUACUGUACAGUGAAGCGCGUGAGACCGAGACGCGCGCUCACUGCAGCCGCACAUAACGGUCCAUACUCAAGAGACUGAUCGCUUCUUCAAAAAAAUGUUAUGGAAGGCCAUUGAUUUCUUACACGGAAAUAAACAUGGGAAGAAAAACUUGAGACAAGAAGUGGAGUUUUUUAGAAAUACACACCAUGGCUGCCCAUCGCAUUCGAUCAGGGAACAACAACACUGUGCUCCCUCGCUGCAGAUCUGAGGGUGCACUUAUUGAUAUCAGUGAAGGAGUGCCAGAGGCCACCCUUACAGAUGUUAAAGUGCCUUCACCUAGUGCCUUACGACUGGAUGCUACUGCCUCAUUUGGAGCUGUCAGGGAAGUGAUUGCCAUUAAGGAUUACAGUCCAUCCAGCUUUACCACACUCAAAUUCUCAAAGGGAGACUGUCUUUAUGUUAUAGACACAUCAGGUGAAGAGUGGUGGUAUGCACACAACAGUAAAGAGAUGGGAUAUAUCCCAGCUGCUUACGUCCAGCCGAUCAAUUAUCGAGAUUCCACGUUCAGUGAUAGCGGCAUGAUUGACAGCCUAAGUGACAUUUCUGAGGGAGUGAAAGAAAUGGAUAUCUCGGGGGAGUGGACGGGGUCCACCAAAACCACAGAAUCUAGAAAUGACCAUUCUUUUGUUAAUAAACGGAUGUCAACUAACCCUUUCCUAAAUGGCACGCUGCAAGGUGCCCCUGACCAAAAUAGCAACCAUAAUUCUGCAAAUGCGUUGUGUUUAGAUAAUCUCUCACCUCCCAUCUCAAACACCAGCAGCACUAUUAAUAUUAAUGGCUUUGAAAGUGGGCUAUUUGACACAGACAAUAUUAGCCCUGGCUCAGCGAUUGGCCCAAAUUUUCGCAGAGACAAUCCAUUUUUUAGGAGUAAGCGAUGCUACAGCAUGUCAGAACUGUCUGUCCUGCAGUCCCUGUCUGAUGGGAAUCAAGGUUCCUUGAGUUUUUUUGGUGGCUUGAAGUCACCUAAACCUGAGCAUUUUCAAAGUAGAGAGGAUUUCAAAACAGCAUGGCUAAAUCACCGUAAACUUACACGAUCCUGCCACGACCUGGACUCCAUUGGACAAAACCCAGGUUGGGGGCAAACCCAGCCAAUAGAGACCAAUAUUGUGUGCAAACUGGACAGUUCUGGCGGUGCAGUGCAGCUACCAAAUACCAGUAUCAGUAUAUAUAUUCCUGAGGGUCACGUUGCACCGGGUGAGACUCAACAGAUAUCGCUGAAGGCCCUUCUGGAUCCACCGUUGGAGCUUAACAACGAUAGAUGUACUACCGUAAGUCCAGUGGUAGAAGUAAAACUCAGUAACGUGGAAACCAAGACCCCGGUUACUUUAGAGAUGAAGGUGUCUGUUGUAGUAAAGAUAGAGAGCCGCAAAACCACAGAGGUGGUGUGUGUGAGAAGCGACUUCAAGGAAGGUCCGUAUGUCCCGAUUCCACAUGUAUACAUGUAUGGAGACACAGUUCAAGUAACUCUGGACAAUUUAGAGCCUUGCAUGUAUGUAUCUGUAGUUGCCCAAGCACAGACAGUGGCCCCAUACAACACAGUCUGGGAACAUGUCGUAAAAAAGGUCACUCUUGGGCUAUAUGGGCCAAAACACAUCCACCCAUCCUUCAACACAGUAGUGACCAUUUUUGGCCAUGACUGCGCCCCAAAGACGUUGCUAGUGAGCGAUGUAAAAAACCACUUACAGUCAACUCCACCUGUUGUCCUCCAGCUCUGGGGAAAACACCAGUUUGUACUAACAAAACCUCAAGACCUUCAGGUUGGCAUGUAUUCAAACAUGUCCAAUUUUGAAGUGAGAGCCAAUGAACAGGCAAGAACCGUGAGGGGAUUUCAGAUCAAACUUGGCAAAGUUGCCCGCCUCAUCUACAUGAUCGCAGCACGCGAUUCAACUGACAUUUCAGACUUUACUUUGCGUAUUCAGGUCAAGGAUGAUAAGGACUGUAUCUUGGCCCAGUUUUGCGUUCAGACCCCAACCGCACCACCAAAAUCAAGCACAAGAAGCUCCGAUCAAAGGCGCUUCCUCAAGAAAAAGGAAGUUAACAAAAUCAUACUGUCUCCUCUUGCAGUGACCACAAAGUACCCUGUGUUUCAGGACAGACUAGUCAAAAACCUAAAAUUUGCUAAGUUUCUGAAAACUGUUGCAAGACAGUCCAAAAGCCUGUAUUUGCUGGAGUAUCUUAAAGGUGACGUAAUGGCUCUUUUGAGUGAGGAAAAAAUAAAACUUAAAGGACAUCUAUGGACCAAAGAGUGGUACAUCGGAUACUACCAUGGAAGAAUUGGGUUGGUGCAUGCAAAAAACAUUCUAAUCAUGGGAAAAGUGAAACCUGUUAAUUUCAAAGGGCCUGAUCUUACAACUACAAUCCUUUUAGAGCAGAUCCUAAAGCCUUGCUUGUGCCUGACAUACAUCUAUGCAUCAGUGCGGACAAUACUGAUGGAAAACAUGGCGAGUUGGAGAGUGUUUGCUGACGCUUUGGGUUACGUCAAUCUGCCUCUGAGCCAUUUCUGUCGGACAGAGCCAGAAAGUGAGCCUGAAAAGGUGGCUUCUGUUCUUGAGAAGCUUAAGGAAGACUGCAAUGCAGCUGAGGGCAAGGAGAGGAAGUCUUUCCAGAAGGAGCUCAUGAAGGCUCUUCUGAAGAUGGACUGUCAGGGCCUGGUGGCACGGCUGGUCAUGGACUUUGUGCUGUUGACUACAGCUGUGGAGGUGGCGGGUCGCUGGAGGGAGCUUGCUGAGAGACUCACUAAAGUGUCCCGGCUCCAGAUGGAAGCAUAUGAAGCUCCACACAGAGACAGCAGGGGACAACUGGAUAGUGAGGCCAUGUGGAAACCUGCCUUUGACUUCCUGGUCACAUGGGCAGCCCAGAUCGGGGACAGUUACAGGGAUGUGAUUCAGGAACUUCACACUGGAUUGGACAAAAUGAAGAACCCCAUCACCAAGCGCUGGAGGCACAUCACAGGAUCCCUCAUGCUUGUCAACUGUCUGGAUCUCUUACGGAGCACUGCUUUCAGCCCCUGCUCUCAAGAUGACUGUGCCAUAUAAAGACUGCCUACAUCACAAGACCGAGAUACACCUGAUUUCACCUGAUUUAUAUUCUUAAAAGCACUUAUAUGUUUGCACAAUAGAUGUUGUUGCACAGUAAAGUGAACUAAAUUACUGAAAAGUGUAUUGCUUAUGUUUUAAUACAAGCAAAAGUCUCUAUCUCAUGUAAAACUCUAAAGUAAAAUAAAAUAUGAUUGUUCAUUUUUUUUA